AUGAUGGAGACGGCUGAAUCUCAGAACCCAUUUCUACCGCGUUUUGCUAUGAGGAAGUUAAGAGAAAGGAAUGAGAGAUUUAGAGCACAGAGACGAGGCAAUCAAGCGCAAAGAAGAUAUCAAACUAAAGAAAUGAAAAAUCAUAUAAUUUUAUUGCUUGCAUUGGGUCUCGGUAGCGUUGUCGCGGAAUCUGUCUUAAUACAAGAUGGCGAUAAGAAAUUACUAUUGUCAGAAAGUAAUGACUCAGGGACCAAUCACAAAGAAGAACAUGAAAACAAUAAUGAAACAGAACAAAAGAAUGUAAAUAAUAUAAGCGUUGAAUCAUUACAGAAACAGCAACAAAAUAACGACGAAUUUGUGAAUAUUGUUAUUGAAGAAAGCGUUGACACAACAAACACUGAGGCACCUUUUGAUCUACAGGAAUCAUUACUGUUUGAUAUUCAGGGAAAUAAUGUUAUGAAUUAUGAUGACGAGUACGUUCCUAUGCAGGAAGAAGACUAUUUCUUCAGUGACAUCGUAAACAAAGAUCCAAACGAAUUAAUGGACACUGCCUCCGGAUUUGUGCCCAUUCCGAUUUUUAGGCGACACCAGAAAAACCGCAAAAGAUAUCCCAACUUGCAAGCAAAAAGAAGGUUUUAUAGAAGACCGUAUAACUACAAUCCUUAUAGAAGAUUUUACUUUUAUCCCUACUACCAAUAUUAUCGUCCAAGCUCUCUACGAUUUUACUAA